AUGCCUCAGUCUCUGUCAGAAAAUCACGAGAAGCCCGACUUUGGCUCUAACGAGCCCAAUAAUAAGGGAGAUGGCGACGAAUAUCCAACGGCUCAAAAGCGGGUCCUGGUCAUGACUGCGCUCUACCUUGCUAUCUUCCUGGUGACUUUGGACCAAACCAUCAUAUCAACCGCAAUCCCGCGAAUAACGGACGACUUCCACUCUUUGAACCAAGUCGGUUGGUACGGGUCUGCGUACCUGCUCACCCAAUGCAGCUUCCAGCUCAUCAUGGGAAAAGUCUACAAGUUCUAUGCAGUCAAGCCUAUCUUCAUUGUCUGCUGUGGCCUCUUCGAGGUCGGUUCCGCGAUCUGUGGUGCAGCACCUAGUUCGGCCACCUUCAUUGUUGGUCGUGCCAUCGCAGGACUAGGCACUUCUGGGAUAUUUUCAGGAGUCAUGGUUAUCAUGUUCCACGUAAUCCCUCUACAGCAGCGACCAAUCUACCAGGGCCUCUUCGGAGCUGUAUUUGCAGUAGCCUCUGUCAUCGCUCCGGUUGUUGGGGGCACUUUUACAGAUCUUGUGACUUGGCGCUGGUGUUUCUACAUCAACCUUCCUAUCGGUGCAGUCUCCAUGGUCGUGACCAUGCUGAUGGUUCAUCUACCCAACCAGAAGCUUGAAUCGCCGGGUGAAGGUCUAGUUGCCAAGCUGAGGCAACUUGACCCCAUCGGCAACCUGGCUUUCUUCCCAGGAAUCGUUUGCCUAAUACUAGCUCUUGAAUGGGGCGGGACGAAGUAUGCUUGGAGCGACGCUCGGAUCAUUAUCCUUCUGGUUCUCUGUGGCUUCCUAUGUUUGGUAUUUAUCGGCAUCCAAAUCUGGAAGAAGGAAGACGCAACAGUGCCUCCUCGAAUUGUAAGGCAACGCAGUAUCGCAGCUGCCAUCUGGUUCGGGUUCUUCAACGGCGCCGGGAUGAUGGCCAUAAUGUACUAUCUUCCUAUCUGGUUCCAGGCCGUCAAAGGUGUCGACGCCUUCAACUCUGGACUGAUGCUGCUUCCUAUGAUCCUCUCAACAGUUCUCGGUUCGGUGUUCUCAGGUAUAAUGACGGCCAAAGUCGGCUACUACACGCCGUUCUUUAUCUUGAGCUCAACACUGACACCAAUCGGAGCGGGACUCAUGUCAACUUUCAAUACUUCCACCAGUGAAGCGCAGUGGAUCGGAUACCAGAUCCUAGUUGGCUUUGGCCUUGGUUUCGGCUCACAGCAGCCGAUGACUGUAGUCCAGACCGUUUUGGAUAGACGAGACAUCGCCACCGGUUCUGCCCUCAUCAUGUUCACCCGUUUCCUUGGCUCGGCUAUCUUUCUACCAGUUGCGCAGAAUAUAUUUCUCAAUGGCUUGGUGUCUAAGCUCGUCAACCUUCCCGGCGUUGACGUAAGUGCUGUAACCGGUGGUGGUGCCACUGAGCUGCGAGAACUGGCAUCGGGGAAAGAUCUGGAGACGCUCCUAUCCGAUUACAAUGGAGCUAUCAUCGAUGUGUUUUAUAUGGUGGUCGCCACGUGUGCCGUCACCAUGUUUGGCAGUGUGUUGGUGGAAUGGCGAAGCUUGAAAGCUCGCGCUCAGGAGCAAGCGGGGAACGAGAAGCCUACUGAGGAUAGUGAGACUCAGGCGUCUGUGUAG